AUGUCAGUACAAGCAGAUGAUCCAUUGGAACCAUUCUACUUCGAGCAUGAGGAGCAGGAGAUCUGCGGGAAGCUCGUACCUCCCAUUACAGAUAGCUUCCAGGAGGAUUACCCCACCGUUGUGGACCGCUUUUUCACCAGAUAUUACUACUUCAAGGGAGAUGCUCCCUACCAAGUGCUCUACCACUCCAAUCGCAUUUGUCUGAUUUGCCUGGCUCCCGAGCACCCUGCUCUAGCACAAGGCAUCUCAUCGGUCAACUUUGAUAUAGGGAACGUAGAUCGCAGCCAGAAUGUGGUCAAGGGCAAGGGAAAAAAGGGCGGAAUGAUCCUACAGGCGGAGUCCACCUUGGCACUGCUCACCACAGCAAAUGGAGCAACUUACAAGGUGCCCAGCUGUAUUCGGGGCAAGCUGGUGGAGGUAAACACUGCCAUUGUGGAGGAGCCAAAGCUUCUGGAGCAACUCCCUGAGGGAGCCGGCUACUUCGCCAUUCUUCUGCCCAAAAUCGAAAACUGCGAUGCAAUCAAGGCGAGUCUUUUAACCCAGGAGCAGUAUGAGGAGCGCCUGAAAACGAAGAACGAUGGUCUACCUCAAAUUGAGUCCACCGAGGACCACACUCAAAACAAAAAUAAGGAGGUGCUGGCGUGAUUUUGUCCCUGAUUUCGCUGUUAUGCAUUAUCUAUAAAAGGCCUUUGUAUUUUAAAAUAAUGAUUCAUAUAUUAUAUUGUUCAUAGUCAAUGAAGGGAAUGCAUUGAGUAUGCGUUACCAUACCUUUUGACAGUAAACGACAAAUAAUAUUUUCUC